AUGUCGCACAGUAAGUCCUCAUCACCGCUUUCACAUGUACAACAAACUGACAUCCCAGGCAAAAGAAACACCUCCCUCGCCUUCUUCACCGCGCACGAACGCAACGAGCUAAAAUCCACCUGGGGCUCGCGCGCAACCCGCCUCACCCGCGACAGCUUCCUGCCCUUCGGCAGCUGCCAACUAUGCCUCCUCCCCGCGCGUGACCCCGUCGCCUGUCCCAGCCAUGGCCACCUCUUCUGCCGCGAGUGCGCUCUCAGCAACCUCCUCGCGCAGAACAAGGAACUGAAACGAUUGAAGAAAGAAGCUGAGAGGAGGAAGUUGGAGGACGAAGAGGAGAAGGAUUUGGAGGAUGCGGAGGCACGGGCGAGGGCUGUGGAGGAGUUUGAGAAGGUGCAGGCGGGUUUGAGUGUGAGGUCUCGUGGGAAGAAGGGGGGUGAGAGGAUUGUCGGGUGGCAAGGUGGGAAGGUCACCGUUGAGCAGGAUGUGGAGGGGCAACCGAAGGGGACGAAGAGGAAGUUUGAGGUCGAUGAGGAGGAGUUGGUGAGGUUGGCGAAUGAUGAGAGAGAAAAGGUCAAGCGGGUUAUGUCUGAGGAGAAGAAUGCGAAGAGCGAGCUGCCGUCGUUCUGGGUGCCAAGUGAGACGCCGGAUAAUAAGAAGGCUGCGUUGAAGGCGAUCAAGGAACAUCCGACUUGUCCGGCUUCUGCGGCAGAUCAGCCGCACGACAUUACGCUCAAGAAACUCGUCACGGUCAUGUUCAACGAGGAGAAGACAGACAGCAGCGCCGACAAGUCUUCGAGAACGUGCCCGAGUUGCAAUAAAGCCUUAUCGAACGCAACGAAAGCCGUUCUGGCGAAGCCUUGCGGACAUGUGCUCUGCAGACCUUGUAGCGACAAGUUUCAGAAGGCACCGGAGAAGUCGGCGCAUGAUAAGGAGCAUGAUGAGACUGUGAGGUGUUAUGUCUGUCAGGAGGACGUUACCCCUGGGCGCAAGUCGAAGCGGAAGAAGGACGAUGGAAGCAGCGAAAAGGAGAGCAAGGUCGAGAGAGGGUUGGUGGAGCUGAGCAGCGAAGGCACUGGCUUUGCGGGUGGUGGCAAGAAUAUGGUCAAGAAGCAGGGCGUGGCAUUCCAGUGCUAG